AAUAAAUUGUAGGAGUGCCUCUGCGAGGGGGUUGCAGAAACGCCGAUUAUUACAAGUAAGCUGCCACACCUUCCGGCAGCGUAAAGAAUAUUUUGUUAUUUCAGCGCAGUCGACCGCGCUCACGGCAGCAGCACGCGUGCAUACGGCAAAGAGAUUUUCUUCUGCCUCUUUCUCCCUUGACUCGUCUCAAUUUUUCCAUCGGAAAUGGAAAUAGGCAAUAUCCUGUCGGAAUUGGUGCCCACUCUGCCACCCUGUCCGGAGAACGGCACGCAGGCCACGGGCGAAUUGUGCGCCGAGCAAGAGCACGAAAACGAGUGGCUGGAAAACGAGGUCGUGGGUAUGCGUCUCUGGCAGCUCGUCGGCAUCGUACUGUCCAUCCUCUUGGCUAUCGUCAUUAUGAUCUGCUGCUGCGUGAGAUUCCGCAUACCCAGAACGAAGCAAGAGAUCGAGGCAGAUUACAUAAGGAAAAAAUUGACGAAGAGCUUCAGGCGGGAACUGGCCAAGAUCAGCGACAAGGAGAUGCAGGAGGACGACAUGGAUUUGAAAAAAGCUUUGGAACGUAUUCAGGAGUUUUUUAACGCUGCGGAAAUUCAAGAGAAUCAAGAGGAGAUAAUUUGUGAGGGUCCCGCGAAAAGCUUCGGAAGUAAGUUCAACGCAAUGUUCCAAGGUAUGCGAGUUCGGUUUCAAAAAAACGAAACGCCAGAGUUCAAUACCAUGAUUUAA